CUCCCAACCCCCGCGGCGAAGUUAGUUAACCAACUCGUCAGCAUCCAUGACUUUUAAUCCACUCCGUACUUACCGUGUUCUGCUCUAGGGUGCGAGGUCAUUUUUCGACCCCAGACGCCUUUAUACAUACAUGUUCUGCGAGCUUUCAAAGGCGCAUGGUACUUGGGCUGGUCAUGCGCAGGUGCUUUGAUUGAUUGAGACAAGGACAAGUAUACUUAGUAGCCUUGUCUCUCAAUGGAGGAGGGUUAAUCAAGAGAAUAUACGUGCAUCUGAAUCCAAGAGCAAGCCAAGGUUUAGGCAUAAUGUUUGAGAAAUCUCUCUAUGACCUUAUCAAGGGCCUGCGAACCCAUAAGGGGGCCGAGGAAGACUACGUACAGGAUUGUCUCCGAGAGUGUAAGGCCGAAAUCAGGCUGCAGGACAUGGACAAGAAAGCUACUGCACUGCUCAAAUUGAUUUACUUGGAGAUGUUUGGAUAUGAUAUGUCCUGGGCGUCUUUCCAUGUACUGGAGGUUAUGUCGUCCACGAAAUAUUUGCAGAAAAGAGCGGGCUAUCUUGCUGCUGUCCAGAGCUUCAGGCCAGAUACAGAAGUGCUGAUGCUUGCCACGAACUUGUUGAAGAAGGAUUUAGCAUCCUCGAAUAUUUCGAAUAUGGCGCUGCCUUUAAUCGCUCUGCCGAACAUAAUUACACCUUCUCUAGCAAUGUCUUUGCUCCCAGAUGUGCUGUCACGCCUUUCGCAUUCCCAUGCUGUCGUUCGCAAAAAGGCCAUUGUGUGUCUUUAUAGACUCGCAUUGGUAUAUCCAGAGGCGCUGAAACUGGCAUGGCCUAAAUUAAAGGAUCGCCUGACGGAUGAUGAAGAGGAAACCAGCGUCACCACAGCGGUAAUCAACGUAGUCUGCGAACUGGGAUGGAGAAGACCGCACGACUUUCUGCCACUUGCGCCACGGUUCUUUGAUUUACUGGUGGACGGGGGCAAUAACUGGAUGGCAAUCAAAAUAAUCAAGCUGUUUGCGACCUUAACCCCCUUGGAGCCACGGUUGAUACGGAAGCUCAUCCGCCCGUUAAUAAGUAUCAUCCAGACAACAACCGCUAUGUCCUUACUUUAUGAAUGCAUCAAUGGCAUCAUACAAGGGGGUAUCCUGGAAGACGACAAUGGCCUGGAGGGAAGAGAGGAAAUUGCUAGUCUCUGCGUUGGAAAGCUGAGAGGAAUGGUCGUUACUGAUUCUGAUCCGAAUUUGAAAUAUGUUGCGCUUCUUGCUUAUAAUCGAAUUGUGGUUUCAUACCCUGAUCUGGUAUCGACACAUCAAGAUGUCAUCAUGGAUUGUCUAGACGAUCCAGACAUUUCAAUAAGGCUACAAGCUCUCGAACUUGCCGCUCGAAUGGUCCGGGGUAAUUCCUUACAGUCAGUAAUAACUCGACUCAUUGACCAACUUCUUGAUGCACGCCGAAUGACCGAAGAUGGGCACUCGGAAAUUGGAGCAAAGGAGGGUCUAGGUUUAAACAGUCAAAGCUCCCAGAAAGCACCAUUCAUCUUGCCCCUGGACUAUAGACUUGAAGUCUUGCAUCGGGUUCUCGAUAUCUGCUCUCAUAACAAUUAUGCAGAGUUGUCAGACUUCGAGUGGUACGUGGAAAUCUUGGUACAACUCGUUGGGCUGAUUCCUCCGCUCAAUAAUGGCUACCUAUCAGGGCGCGAGGCUUACCAGGGGGCUGAAAAUGAUGCUGGGAGAAGCGUCGCUUUUCGAAUUGGGUCUGAGAUGCGCAAUGUCGCCGUCCGGGUUAGAGAUGUUCGUGCGGACGCCACCAGAGCUGCAGAAUCUUUGCUCCUAGCUGGCAACAGGCAAACUAUAUGCUCCGGUCUGUCUGAUGGGGUCGAUGGCAUACUAGCGCCCUUUGUUUGGAUAGUUGGUGAAUUUGCACAAUACCUUUCGUCGCCUGGUCAAACUCUACUGUCAUUGAUUGAUAUGUCCACUACUUUACUGCCGCCAAAAUCGCUUUGUCUUGUCGUUCAAGCUGUCCCAAAAGUCCUCGUGAGCAAAAUUCGAGCUAAUUGCGACAGCUGGGAUGGCAGGCAGCAAAGCGAAAUAUCUCUUUUGUUGGCUCGAAUCCUGGUUUUUUUGGAAACCUUGGCAGCCCAUCCGGAUUUAGCCGUUCAGGAAAGAGCUAUCGAAUUUUUAGAGGUGAUACGCUUGGCAGCAGAUGCAUUACAGUCAGACUGCUAUCGACCUGACGAGGUGCCGUCCUUGCUGUCCUCCAUGAUUCCGGGCUUAUUCCACGGCCUUGAACUCAAUCCAGUUGCUGCUAAUGCUCAGAAGAAAGUUCCUUUGCCAGAGCACUUGGCGAUGGACCGCCCAUUCAACAAUAACCUCGGUGUUAUUUUUGACUGCCGCACAAAUCAGAGUUCUGAACUGGUUACACAUUUAGCUUUCCAGGAUUUCUACUACAUGGAUGACUCGGCGGUGCCAAACAGACAACCCGAUGAGCUCAAUCUAUUAACCGCGCAAUCCGGUGCUUCAUAUCAGGACCCUAUCAGUUUAGUAGGUGAGCCGGUCAAUGUGGCAAGGCGAAAAGUGGAGCGCCGAGAGGGAAAUUUUGACGACCCAUUCUACAUUGGCACAGAAGAUGAAAACUCCGGGACCUCUACACCAUUUCAUCAAACCUUCGCCGCAUCUGAUUUGGAUAUUGAUGCAAUUCCUAUAAUUGAUCUGAAACUAAGCGAAGGAGGGAUCCCUGCCACAGAUUUCGUCCGUCGCAAAUAUCGGAAAACGCCUGAACCGGAAACUAAGAGAUAUAAUAUUGUGUCCGAUGAAACAAUUGGACAAGACGAUCCCUUACCUGCUGAGGUCUCUGAUGGGGCAAGCAAAUCCAAGAAAACCCUUCUGCAGGUCGACUCCAGUGGCCUGGGACGUCUCCCUUUCGAAAAGGAGGACGUACGCUCAGACAGCCCACGACCUUCUGGAUCAAGUGGGCACGAUGCAGAAAUGUCAAUGGCUAUGCAGCGAGUUGAGAGACUACGCCUAGAGAUGCAAAGAGCUUCUGAGCGAGUUCAUACGGAUGAGUUUCCUGUUGAAGGAACAUUGAUCAAAAAGAAGAAAGUGAAGAAGCCGAUCUCUAGUAAACUCACAGAAGCUGAUAGUCUAGUCGAGGGUCUCGAUGCUGAGAGUAUGCAUUCGCCCAAAGUGAAAAAGAAAGUAAAGAGUCGGUCCAAAACUCGACAGGCAAGCCCCUAGAACAAUUUGAAACAGACAGUUUUCUAUUCAAGUACUGUAGACAUGUGGACAGUCC